AUGAGAGAGCUGGUCAACAUUCCACUGGUACAUAUUCUUACUCUGGUUACCUUCAGCGGGACUGAGAAACUUCCAAAAGCACCUGUUAUCACCACUCCUCUUGAGACAGUGGAUGCCUUAGUUGAAGAAGUAGCUACUUUUAUGUGUGCGGUGGAAUCUUAUCCCCAGCCUGAGAUCUCCUGGACUAGAAAUAAAAUUCUUAUUAAGCUCUUUGACACCCGCUAUAGCAUUCGGGAGAAUGGACAGCUCCUCACCAUCCUGAGUGUGGAAGACAGUGAUGACGGCAUUUACUGCUGCGUAGCCAACAAUGGUGUCGGGGGAGCUGCUGAGAGCUGUGGAGCCCUGCAAGUGAAGAUGAAACCUAAAAUAACUCGUCCUCCCAUAAAUGUGAAAAUAAUAGAGGGAUUAAAAGCAGUUCUACCGUGCACUACAAUGGGCAAUCCCAAACCUUCAGUCUCUUGGAUCAAGGGGGACAGUGCUCUCAGGGAAAAUUCCCGCAUUGCAGUUCUUGAAUCUGGGAGUCUAAGAAUCCAUAAUGUGCAAAAGGAAGAUGCGGGACAGUACCGGUGUGUGGCAAAAAACAGCCUUGGGACAGCGUAUUCCAAACUGGUGAAGCUGGAAGUUGAGGAAGAAAGCGAACCUGAGCAAGAUACUAAAGUUUUUGCCAGAAUACUGCGGGCUCCUGAAUCCCACAAUGUCACCUUUGGCUCCUUUGUGACCCUGCGCUGUACAGCAACAGGCAUUCCUGUCCCCACCAUCACCUGGAUUGAAAAUGGAAAUGCUAUUUCUUCAGGGUCCAUUCAAGAGAGUGUAAAAGACAGAGUGAUUGAUUCAAGAUUGCAGCUGUUUAUCACCAAGCCAGGACUCUACACAUGCAUAGCUACCAAUAAGCAUGGGGAGAAAUUCAGUACGGCCAAGGCCGCGGCCACCAUCAGUAUAGCAGAAUGGAGUAAACCGCAGAAAGAUAACAAAGGCUACUGCACCCAGUACAGAGGGGAGGUGUGUGAUGCAGUCCUGGCAAAAGAUGCUCUUGUUUUUUUCAACACCUCCUACGCGGACCCAGAGGAGGCCCAAGAGUUACUGGUCCACACUGCCUGGAAUGAACUGAAAACAGUGAGCCCACUCUGCCGGCCGGCUGCUGAGGCUUUGCUGUGUAACCACAUCUUCCAAGAGUGCAGCCCUGGAGUAGUACCUACUCCUACCCCUAUUUGCAGAGAGUACUGCUUAGCAGUAAAGGAACUCUUCUGUGCAAAAGAAUGGCUGGCAAUGGAAGAAAAGACACACAGAGGAUUCUACAGAUCUGGGAUGCAUCUGUUCCCCCUGCCAGAAUGCAGCAAGCUUCCCAGCAUGCAUUGGGACCCCAUGGCCUGUACCAGACUGCCAUAUUUAGAUUAUAAAAAAGAAAACUUAACAACAUUCCCACCAAUGACGUCUUCAAAGCCAAGUGUGGACAUUCCAAAUUUGCCCUCUUCCUCUUCUUCCUCCUUCUCUGUCUCACCUACAUACUCCAUGACUGUAAUAAUCUCCAUCAUGUCCAGCUUUGCCAUAUUUGUGCUUCUUGCCAUAACUACUCUUUAUUGCUGCCGAAGAAGAAAACAAUGGAGAAAUAAGAAAAGAGAAUCAGCAGCAGUAACCCUCACCACACUGCCUUCUGAGCUCUUGCUAGACAGACUUCAUCCCAACCCCAUGUACCAGAGGAUGCCACUCCUUCUGAAUCCCAAAUUGCUCAGUCUGGAGUAUCCAAGGAAUAACAUUGAAUAUGUGAGAGAUAUUGGUGAGGGAGCAUUUGGAAGGGUCUUUCAAGCAAGGGCUCCAGGCUUACUUCCCUAUGAACCUUUCACUAUGGUGGCAGUAAAAAUGCUCAAGGAAGAAGCUUCAGCAGAUAUGCAAGCGGACUUUCAGAGGGAGGCAGCACUCAUGGCAGAAUUUGACAACCCUAACAUUGUGAAACUCUUAGGCGUGUGCGCUGUGGGGAAGCCUAUGUGCCUGCUCUUUGAAUACAUGGCCUACGGCGACCUCAACGAAUUCCUGCGCAGCAUGUCCCCUCACACUGUGUGCAGCCUCAGCCACAGUGACUUGUCCAUGCGGGCUCCUGUCUCCAGCCCCGGACCCCCACCUCUCUCCUGUGCCGAGCAGCUCUGCAUAGCAAGGCAGGUAGCAGCCGGCAUGGCUUACCUCUCGGAGCGCAAGUUUGUCCACCGGGAUCUAGCCACCAGGAACUGCCUGGUGGGUGAGAACAUGGUGGUGAAAAUCGCCGACUUUGGCCUCUCCAGGAACAUCUACUCCGCGGAUUACUACAAAGCUAACGAGAACGAUGCCAUCCCUAUCCGCUGGAUGCCGCCGGAAUCCAUUUUCUACAACCGCUACACCACGGAGUCUGACGUGUGGGCCUACGGCGUGGUCCUCUGGGAGAUCUUCUCCUAUGGCCUGCAGCCCUACUACGGGAUGGCCCACGAGGAGGUCAUUUACUACGUGCGAGAUGGCAACAUCCUCUCCUGCCCCGAGAACUGUCCCCUGGAACUGUACAAUCUAAUGCGUCUGUGCUGGAGCAAGCUGCCUGCCGACAGGCCCAGUUUCACCAGCAUUCACCGCAUUCUGGAACGCAUGUGUGAGAGGGCAGAGGGAGCUGUGAGUGUGUAAGGUCGGAGACGCUCAGAUAAAACGCUGCACCCCUCUCAGACUCUCUGAGCCAGAGGAAUCCUACAGCAGGGGCCCAACCAGACUCAGGUAGGGAAGAAUAGCAGACAUGAGUAGCUGCCCCUGACUUACCAGGGGAAAAAAAAAAACAGUGCAGAAUCCCUGUGAUAGAAAGACAGGGUAAACCAGUGAAUGGAAACAAGCUAGGAGCUACGUCAGACAGCAGGAGAUACCUAUUCUUCCUCAUGGGGUAGUUUGUAACACAAAUUAGA